AUGGGUUUCGACGCGGUUUCUUUCAUGAAGGAUUUGAUGGCCGGUGGGACUGCUGCAGCUAUCUCCAAGACUGCAGUAGCACCAAUUGAGCGUGUUAAACUCCUGCUCCAAGUUCAGGCUGCAUCUACCCAGAUUGCAGCUGACAAGCAGUACAAGGGCAUCGUUGACUGCUUCUCUCGUGUGACCAAAGAACAAGGAUUCAACUCAUUGUGGCGUGGCAAUCUAGCCAAUGUCAUCCGCUACUUUCCAACUCAAGCUCUCAACUUUGCAUUCAAGGACAAGUACAAGCAGAUCUUUCUGAGUGGUGUUGACAAGAAUAAACAGUUCCCUCGCUACUUUGCUGGCAACCUUGCCUCUGGUGGCGCUGCUGGUGCAACCUCCUUAUGCUUUGUGUAUCCCUUGGACUUCGCCAGGACUCGCUUGGCCGCUGAUGUCGGAAAAGCUGGUGGUGGUCGUGAGUUCAAGGGACUGGGAGAUUGCCUGACCAAGAUAGCCAAGUCCGAUGGGAUCAAGGGACUGUACCGUGGCUUUGGUGUGUCUGUGCAGGGUAUCAUUAUCUACCGAGCUGCCUACUUCGGCACUUACGACACUCUGAAGUCACUGGUUCCAACCGAGUACAAUAACUUCUUUGUGAGCUGGAUGAUCGCCCAGGCUGUUACCACUGGGUCUGGGGUUGUCAGCUACCCCUUUGACACCGUCCGUCGUCGUAUGAUGAUGCAAUCUGGACGCAAAGACAUCCUGUACAAGGGAACCUUGGAUUGCUGGAGUAAGAUAUUCAAGCAGGAGGGGCCGUCAGCCUUCUUCAAGGGGGCUUUGUCCAAUGUUCUCCGCGGUACAGGAGGCGCCUUGGUACUCGUCUUGUACGAUGAAAUCAAGAAACUUCUGUAG